AAACAUCAAUCAGUUGAAUCCAAGGUAAUAAAUUCGCCUUGGCUGAAUCGAACAAAUUGUCAGAUAAGUAAACUCGGGUAUUUACACUUUUUGUUUUGCCUGCUUGGAUUACUGAUUUCUGUGAACUGGAGUAGUUGGUCAAAACGACAAUACGAAUUUAAGCGCAUCGGAUGCACUUUUUUUACUUUGAACACCACAAAUAUAAGUACUUGAGUGAGAAUGCACUACGUUGUUGUUUUUCUAGCGCUGCUUCUCUCAUGGAGUACGCCCAACGCGUUAGCGGAGAAUAUUUGCUUAAAAUAUUUGCGGGAGUUAGCUCAAAACCAGAGCGCAUUCGUGCAAUGUUCAACUUUACAUUCGGUGCCAGUGAAUCUUUGUAUAGGCUGUAAAGAGCAAUAUACCGAUAUGCAUGCGACCUACAUGAUACUACGUGAAGAGAAAAAUUGUACGGAAAAGUUCUUUGAUAAAGAUCGCAUCAAUAUUGUAUCUACAACGCAAUCAAUACUUGCUGGCUUGUGGACUAAAGCCUACUGUGAUGAUUGCUUUACCAGUAAUAAUUGGCAGGUAUUUGAUAAUAAAAGUAAAGUGUUUGAAAAGUGCCUCCUCGAACACAAAGACAAUGAAUGUUUGGUGUGUUUGUCACAAUAUCUCGACCUCAAUGAGUUUUAUGAGUCUUUGGAUGAAAAAAAUAAUGGAAAUAUUUGCUAUGACUUGCAAGAUUCGAUGAACAGAACAAGAGCACACUGGUCCAAGGAUUUAGGUUGCUGUCAUCGCGAGUUCGAUAAGUUGCUAUUUCUUGUUAUCUGUGGAAUGGUAGGGUUUCUACCGCUGUUAUUUUACGGCACCACGUUCGCAUUAACAAAGCGACAAGAGCGCAAUCAUGAUAUUCUAAUAGAAGAAAAAUAUGCAUGUAUGUGCACGCAUACACUUUCUGAUUUUGUAGACCCUCACAAUAGUCGACCGACAAGAGUAAAUCCAAGCAGCUCCGUAGCCGAUUUGCCGAGCACAUCAUCUGCAGCUACAUGCCCAGCCGUUCCUCUCGCAAGUGACCAACUAAAGGAGGAAGAGUUUACAAAUUCCGAUGAUAGUGAUUUUGAAGAAACUGCAAAUCAAUUAGUCUCGAAAAAACUUAACAAAAACGAGUAGCUUUGCUUAUACUUACCAUUAUUCAUUAUUCAUUGUAAUAUUAAAAAGCGUUUUUAGCAAAAAAUGCAAUUUUUGAAAACAAAAACACAAAGUGUACUUUUAUAAGAAAAAAAUAA